CCACGUCUCUGGUGCUGUCACUCAGCCUCUCCGCGCCGAGCCUGUCCGCCACUGCCUGGAAGCUGAGAGGCGGCCGGGGGAGCUCUGCUGCCCUCGGAGCCCCUGGCGGAGUGUCGUGGGGGCCAGCGGCUGAUGGCCGCGGCCCGCUCUCGGGGCUGACGCACGCCGCAUGGAGCUGGCGCGGCACUGAGUGGAGCCGGGAGCCGGGAGCCGGGGAUGGGAACCUCCGCUUCAUCCAUCGCCGCAGACACGGAGGCACGGGCCGGCCUCUCGGCCUCGGCUGCCCCGCUAUGGGGGCCCGCAGCACUGAGCGCCCGCAGCCGCCAGCUCCAGCUCCCGAAGAGCCGCAGCAGAUAUGCAGAGACAGGGACACUGCAGUUCACUUCUACAGAGCGACCGGUUGCCCCUGUAGGCAGGACUGCUGCCUUUUGCACAGCAAGUACCUCGCAGGAGCCUGAUGCCAUGGCAACAACGAAUGAGUGGCCAUGUACCCGAUGCACUUUCUUGAAUCCCAGUGUGCUGAGGCAGUGUUCCAUCUGUGAGGCGCCACGAGAGAGACCGGACUUCAGUGACAUCCUCCGGCUUAGCACAGAGGAGCAGCAGUGGGCUUGCUCCCGAUGCACUUUCAGGAAUUCCAUCAACAAGAGCCAGUGUGAUGUCUGUGGGUCCUCGCAGACCCACACUCCCCUCACACCUCCCGUGGCCAUGGCCAAUGGGCUGUCCAAGAGUCUGCCCGCUGCGGUGGAACACAGAGGCCCUGGGCCGCAGGAGGCUGGGAGACUGGCCAACGGUGACGUCAAUGGCAACUGCUGUGAGAGCGCCACGCCAGACGCCUCCAAAGCUUGGGCUUGCCAACGUUGCACCCUCCACAACACACCUUCGGCUAACUCGUGCUCAGCGUGCGGAGGGCCUCGCAAGCUUUCUCUGCCCAAAAUCCCGCCUGAAGCCCUGGUGGUGCCAGAGGUGGUGACCCCGGUCGGUUUCCAGUUGCCGUCAUGUCCGCCGUCAGUGACACCCCAGCUCAGCGACACAGUGGAGUGCGACGUGUCCCCCAUUCGCAACACAGGCACCGAUGCUGAGAGCCCAAGGUCUCCGGUAGUCAGUCCGCUGUCUCCGAUGAUCCAGAACAACCCGGUGCCGCGAAGCCGCAGGGAGGUGCCACCAGCUGCCAAAUUCCAGCCUUCCCCUGCAGACCCCACUGUCGUACCCAGCAGCUCGCCUACCUCCAGCUCCUCGGUCCCAGUGGCCAGAGGUGUUCCCCAGGGACAAGUGAAACCUGCUGCAAAACUACAGGAACUUUUUUGUACCAAGAGGCUGAGUGUUUUAGAUGAGGAAAUGGAGGCAGCGCCCAGUCAGUGGAAGUGUGCGUCCUGUUCCCACACUAAUUCCACAGCCGUGUCAAAAUGUGAAGCUUGCAGAAUCAUGAAGGGUGGAGACAUCAUAGACCUAACUGGAGACUCGGUGCGGUUCACUCCUUUCAGUCCCUCCAGCCCAGACUUCACCAUCUGGACUUGUUCGAAGUGCACUCUGAAAAAUCCCACUGCUGUCCAAAAAUGCACUGCCUGUUGUACCUCCAAACUGCAUGGUUUUCAAGACCACAGCUACACAGAACGAGGGCCAAGGUGCCCAGACUGUAACGUGGAGAGGGGCUCGAAUGGGACUGCAUGCCCCUCUUGUGGGGGCAAGCCCUCGGCCACACGGAAACCCAUCAAACUCUUCCCUGUCCAGCCGCCCUCCUCUCGGGAGAAGUCCAACGAGUGGUCCUGCCCUGCCUGUACUCUCCUAAAUGACUUGAAGGCUAAACAUUGUGCAGCUUGCCACACUCCACAGCAGUACUUAACACUGAGGAAAGGCUCAAAGCCGCUGAAGAGGAGGGAAAGCAUACUUGUGGAAGCGCGGAGAAAGACGGACGAAGGCGAGGCCAAAGAGUUGUGGGAGAACAUUGUGAAGUUUUGCCAGGAGAACAACGUGAACUUUGUGGAUGACAGCUUCCCCCCUGGCCCACAAUCUGUCGGCUUCCCCGAAGGAGACAGUGUGCAGCAGCGGGUGAAGCAGUGGCUGCGACCCCAUGAAAUCAGCUGCAACAGUUUCAAAGAUCGGAACGUCAAAUGGUCCAUCUUCAGGACACCACGUCCUUCCGACAUCUCGCAGGGACUGCUGGGGAACUGCUGGUUUCUGAGCGCUCUCGCUGUGCUCGCUGAGCGGCCGGAGCUGGUAGAGAGGGUGAUGAUCACUCGGGCUAUCUGCCUGGAAGGUGCCUAUCAGGUGCGGCUCUGCAAGGAUGGGACCUGGAUCACCGUGCUGGUGGAUGACAUGUUACCGUGUGAUGAAUACGGAUACCUUCUCUUCUCUCAGGCCCAGAGGAAGCAGCUGUGGGUCGCACUGAUCGAGAAAGCUCUGGCCAAACUGCAUGGCUCCUACUUCGCUCUGCAGGCUGGCCGAGCCAUUGAAGGACUCGCCACUCUGACGGGUGCCCCUUGCGAAAGUCUGAUGCUGCAAGUUAGUUCAACGAAUCCACGCGAGGAGCCCAUUGACACAGAUCUCAUUUGGGCCAAAAUGCUGAGCUCGAAGGAAGCUGGGUUUUUGAUGGGUGCUUCUUGUGGAGGUGGAAACAUGAAAGUUGACGACACGACUUAUGAGGCCACGGGUCUGAGGCCCCGCCACGCCUAUUCCAUACUUGAUGUCCGAGAUGUACAAGGAUACAGGUUGCUGAGGUUGCGGAAUCCUUGGGGCCGCUUCUCGUGGAGUGGGAACUGGUCAGACGAUUGGCCACACUGGCCGCAGCACCUGCGACAUGAGCUGAUGGCACACGGGAGCAGCGAGGGCGUGUUCUGGAUCGAAUACUCUGACUUCAUCAAGUACUUUGAUUCUGUUGACAUUUGUAAAAUUAACUCUGACUGGCACGAAGUCCGACUUAUGGGGACGUUCCCUAACCGAACUAAUGGACCAAUAACUGUAACUGCACUGACUGUGCUGGAGCUCACCUUUCUGGAGUUCCAGCUGUUUCAGGAGGGAAGCAGACGAUCUGACACGUCAGACAGCCACUUGCUGGAUCUGUGCAUCAUGGUGUUCCGAGCCUCGUUCUCCAGCGGCAACAAGCUGACCCUGGGCAGGUUGAUGGCCCACAGCAAGCGAGCGGUGAAGAAGUUUGUGGGCUGCGACGUGAUGCUGGAACCGGGCGAGUACGCAGUGGUGUGCUGCGCCUUCAACCACUGGCAAAUGUCGAUGCCUGGGCUGCCGUCACCAUCGCCAGCAGCAGGAGUUUCAAGCCCCACUAGCAGUGGACGAGGUUUCCCGGAGUUUCCUGGACACAUCCUGGCCGUCUACAGCUCCAAGCCUGUAAUGGUGGAACAGGUCAACUCUCAGCCAACAACCCUGGCCGACGCAGUUAUCCUGCUGACGGAACACAAGGGGGAGAGACACGAGGGUCGCGAGGGCAUGACCUGUUACUACCUGACCCACGGCUGGGCAGGGCUGAUCGUGGUGGUGGAGAACCGGCAUGACAAGUACUACCUGCACGUGUCGUGUGACUGCUCCGACAGCUUCAACGUGGUGUCAACUCGCAGCAGCUUGAAGACGACGGACAGCGUGCCACCGCUGCACAGGCAGGUGCUGGUGGUGCUCUCUCAGCUCGAGGGCAACGCUGGGUUCUCCAUCACUCACCGGCUGGCUCAUCGCAAGGCCGCGCAGCCCUCGCUGGGGGAGUGGUCCUCAACCAAGGGCACGCACAGCCCCCCGCUCACGCCCGACGUCGCCGGCCUGCACAGCCCCCGGCCCUUGUGAUGCCUCGUCCGCUCCCUGCUGUGGUCGGAAGUAUGUCAGGUGGUGAGGGCGCGGUGACGCACCGUGUCUGCUCCCCGUUCCCGCGUCAGCCGCUGCCCGUCCAACCUGGGUGGGGAGUGGUGCUGAGGGAUG